AGCUUCAGUCGACGUAACGUACUCGAUCAUAUUUUCGUACAAUAUAACUUCGUCGUCAGCACAAAACUCACUCAAAUCUGUGCCGUCCUCACAUAUCACUUAACCUCGCAAUAUCAGCCUCAGGCACAACGAAUAAGCAUAAGACUCGAGCCGAGCCGCCACUCAAGAUGCCGAGCGAACACAGAAUUCGUGGAAAGUACCACAUCCUCGACUUUCCACUCCCAGGAGCUUGGGCAGACAAGUUAUUGGGAAGAAUUGUUUUCGACAAAGCCAAUCCUAUCAGCUAUACGGCUCCGUCAAACGAUGGACCAAAUGGUUCCUCUAUACCACAAAAUAUCGUACCGGAGAUCGCCAGCGAUCGAGUACCCUACAGCACACUCUCCUACCUCCUGAACGACUUCAAAGAUGUGGAACAGAAUCUCAAGCUCACUCACUUCUUCGAGGAAAGGGCAGCGCAAGCAACCUCUGCCACGCAUAUUAUCACUGCCAUCAAUGCGGAAAGAAUUGACAUGAGCAAUAUCCCAGACAAAUUGGAGAUGCUAUGGGCGAACGAAACCUACAAAAAGGCCGCAGAGAAGAUGCUAUGGCAGCAAGGACAUACACAGAAGCUGGGAAUGGUGACUGGAAUAUACGUUUCGAAAUCAUUGACCGUCCAAGUCGAGGACUCGAAAGACAAAGCGAUCGGUGCACACAUCAAAGCCCCUAUCAGCGAGGCAAUGGGUGACCCUACAGGCACACUGGACGUCUCAGCUGGAGCACAAUACGAAGCUGGAAAGACUAGGACUGAACAAUUCGACAUCGACGUCCCAUGUGUGUUCGCUGUUGCGUACACGGAAGUGGGGCUGCGGCCAGUUCAGCGCAAAUCCGAACACAAGAAAUCAAGAUUCUUCCGCAUCCCAGGAAGUAAGAAGCUCAAAGACGACGUUGAAUACGAGAUAUACGUCGAUACAACUCCAGGGGCAAAACUUUUUGCUGGGAGCAGUGGUAGCAGCGAAAGCGACAAUGAAAGUGAAGCUGGAUCCACGACAAGUACUCGUGUAGAUUCAUCUAAAGUUGCAGGGACAAGCGAUACUGCCAACGAUGAAGGUUCGGAAAUUAGGUCAACUGCAAGUACGAAUGUUGAGGAACCACGUCUGGUUGAAAAUGCGCCUUACGUUUUCAAGUCUCCUCAAAGUGUUUUUGGGAAUGCUUAGUUUUGUCGAUAUCUGUUGUAUUUGUACUUAGCGCUCUUGCAUUUAGCGUCUUUGCGGAGUUUGAUUUAUGAUACCUCAUGGGAAAAGAAAUCGGUUGCAAGGAUGCUUGGAUAUGGAUAUAUGUUUUAGUUACAAUAAUGAAUCACGCUCAACAGAC